GGCAUUCACGGUCGAUAUUCGUUCAUUCAGAGGUAGGGCAAGAGAGAGACUAGUCUAAACGCAACACUUCACUGAGCGUGCGCCCGGCGUGCUAGAGAGAGAGAACGCAACACCGUUUCUUUUAAAAACACCAAACGGCGGCGGUAAUGAGGGCAUUAGACGCGAACGCCAGCUGACAGCAGAAGUUGCCGCACUAACUUUUCACCUCAAAGCCGCGAAUGGAUGUGCGCUUCACUAAUGAGAAGAGCUGAGCUGCCCUGCUUCGUAACUAAGACAAUACACGUUGGGUUAUCGUUACGCGGACAGUUAAAGCACCUGCCUCGAACCCGUUCCCCUCCUCGGAUGUUUUUUGCCUGGUGAUUCGUGUCCGGUAUAUGUCCACUCCACGGGACUAGUGUUCUCGUGAACGAAAGGUGCGAUGAGGCUGAUCUGCUGGAGCGUUCUGCUGUUCAUCCAAUGGAUCCUACGACAGGUGCACGGCUUGGAGAAACAGGUGGGAAAAUCUCUAGACUACCUGGAGCAGGGCCCAUCCGGCACGGUCUUCAAAACGCUUCCGUACGGUGGAGUGCCCGGGGGAGGAGGAGCAGGACCGACAGGAGGUCUCAAACCUCCGUACCAGACCUCCAGGACAUUCUCCACAAUGGACCACACACCCAUGAAACCCAAACCACCCACCUUCAGCUUCCAGAACCCAUACGAGUGGGUCAGAAACCAAUCGCAGCCGAUGGAUCACACCGGUUACCGGCCCAAACGCAAACCUUCCCUAAAAACCUCCAUGAAGACUAAGAAAAUCUUCGGCUGGGGGGAUUUCUACUUCAACGUCAAGAGCCUGAAGUUCACCCUGCUCGUCACGGGGAAGAUCGUGGACCACGUCAACGGAACGUUCACAGUCUAUUUCCGCCACAACUCCUCGAGUCUGGGAAAUGUCUCGGUGAGCAUCGUUCCGCCAUCGAAGGUGGUCGAGUUUGAAGUUCUUCCGCAACAGAAUCCGCUUCACCAUCCGGAAAUCCAGUUUCACCAGCCCCACCAGUCCACCAUCGACCCCAAAGACAUCAAAACCUUCAACUGUCGCGUGGAGUACGAAAAGACGGACCGCUCCAAGAAGCCGAAGCCCUGCCUGUACGAUCCGUCCCAGACCUGCUUCACCGAAAACACCCAAUCGCAUUCCUCCUGGCUCUGCGCCAAACCCUUCAAAGUCAUCUGCAUCUUCAUCUCCUUCUUCAGCAUCGAUUAUAAGCUGGUUCAGAAGGUCUGUCCGGACUACAACUUUCAGAGCGAACAUCCAUAUUUGGGUUGAGAGGAUGACCUCUGUUGUGAUGUGUUUUCUGCAAUUGUUCCUCUCGAAACUCCAGGAACGUACGAACACCGUCAUUGGGAAUCUGGCGUUUGAUUUUUCUGUGUAUAUAAAAGAAAAGCCCUAAUAUGUUCCAGCCCCUAAAGGACUUCAGCCAAACUUAAAAAUUCGGUCUCAGCAUCAUGCCAUUUAAAAUCGUAUAUAUAAUGUUGUAAAAAGCAUCAUGAAGUCGAUCUUUGUAAGGCACACAGAGCAGAUUCUGCAGAAUAUAACAGUUUACAGGUUUAAAAUAACAUAAUGCGAGCAAGAAUUUGUAUUUUUGGGUGAAAUAUACUUUUACUAUCGAUCAUUGCUUUGGUCAGUUUUUGUGUUGUUUGACUGUUAGACGAACAGGUGUCAUUUUUUCUACCGUUCACUUUCACAAACCCUUUCAGAAUGAGAAUGACAGCGUCUGAAAUACAGGAACUGUUUCUAACAGCAUCGAUGAUGUGACGGAGAGAUGCACUGAAAAUCCCGCCAGAUUUACUUUUCUAUCACUUUAUUCUCUUAUAUUUGAUUUUAAGCCAAAAUGCGUACAACAAACCUAAUCAGGGCUGAUAUUAGCUUUCGCAAACUGUUGUGAAGAAUAUGAAGGCCACCAGUUAACAAGCCAUUGUUUUGAAGAUAUAUCGACAUACAGGAAAUACAGAUCCAGAUGUUUGAACAGUAUGUGUGGCUGUUGCUGAUGUUUGAGUCAUUUUGAGGUAACAAAACCUUCAGAGCAAAGAAGCUUCAAAAAUAUUUUAGUUUUUAUCUUAAACCUUCAGUUUCCUUAAGUAAAAUGCCUUUGGUUUACUUGACUCUAAGGAAUCUUCAAAAAGUGAUUUAAAGUUAAAAAUCCCUCAAAAACUAUUUAGGAACUACACACGUGUGAGGUUCACCUCUAUGUUGGCAUAUCUAUAUUUCUUAAUAAGAUAAUAACGAAUAGAUGAAAAUGAAUGUUUUAAACCGAAUGUUAUUCACGAACACGAAUAACAUUUAUUUAUACUGAAAUUAAAGCUUAUCUAUGUACUCUAAACUUAGUUAAAGGGACACGAAGAGAAUAUACAGACUGUGUUUCUGACACGGAGAUAAUGAUUUACCUAUAUCCCAUUUAUAUCUUUAAUUGACCUGUCUUGGUUUAAUUCUUUAUUUUUUGAGCAGCGUCUGUGAAUGAGACAGAAGUAUAUUGUGUGAGGAGGAAUCCCGUUCUGUGCAUAAAGUAUUGCUUGAUAAUGUGUAUAGUAAACAUCGGGGCUAAAUAAUGUGUGUAAAUAAUGUAU